AUAUUUUUCUUUUCCUAAAUAAGAUUUAGGAACGUUGGUGCCAGGCGAAAGAGGGGAAAAAACCAAAGCUCCAGGAAUUCUAGGGCACGCCUAAACUGAAGAAUAAAAAUCCCCAAGCUGCAUAGAUUGAUUAUUGCAACUUAUGGACGACAUGGCAGCCUAUUACGCUCCUCCCCCACCUCCACCAGGCAUUCCACAGUACCCUUACUACCCUCCUCCACUCUCUCACGCGCCGCCCGGCACGGUGGUGAUCCCUCCGCCGCAAUUCCACCCCCACCACCCGCCGCCGCCGCCGUUUGACCCCUACGCACCUCAGGCGCAUGUCCCCCAGCCUUAUUACGACGAGGUCCGUACACUCUUCGUUGCAGGCCUCCCUCCAGACGUUAAAUCUCGCGAAAUUUAUAAUCUUUUUCGCGAAUUUCCCGGUUACGAGUCUUCGCAUCUCCGCGCCUCUUCUUCCAACACACAGCAGCCGUUUGCUUUUGCUGUCUUCCUGGAUCAAGCAUCAGCUGUUGGAGCAAUGCAUGCACUAAAUGGUUUGGUUUUUGAUCUGGAGAAAAACUCCACUUUAUAUAUUGAUCUUGCAAAAUCUAAUUCAAGAUCAAAACGCUCGAGAACAGACGAUGGAAGAUCCGGGUCAGAGAAGAGGUUAAAAGGAUAUGCACCAUAUCCAGGGGGCACUCCUGAUCCUGGUGUUGACAGCAUGUACAUGCCUGGAAUGGGUAACUCUGCUUACAACACAAUUGGUUAUCCAUCUACACAAAGUCAUGGAAGCUUUGAUGGCGGGGCUGUGAAUUAUAGCAGUGCUGCAAAACAUAAUACUCCACGGAAUGCAACUCCCUGCCCAACUCUGUUUGUGGCUAGUUUGGGUCCAACAGCCUCGGAGCAAGAGCUCAUUCAAGUAUUUUCAAGAUGCCCUGGAUACUUAAAACUGAAAAUGCAGAAAAUGCAUGGUUCUCCGGUUGCUUUUGUUGAUUUCCAGGACACUGCCAGUUCAACUGGCGCCCUGACACACCUUCAAGGCACAGUCCUGUACUCAUCGCGACCUGGCGAGGGCAUGCGACUAGAGUAUGCCAAGUCAAGAAUGGGAAUGCGAAGUAAACAUUCAAGAUGAACGCAGUCAUACACCGGCACAGGAAAAUCGUUUUGAUCAGUCCUUGAGUUUGUCAAGUCAUCGAAGACUCGUAAUCUUAUUUACUUAUUUUCAAGUCAUACUACCUUUUAGCAUAGACUGUAAAAAUUGAUCUCUCAGACCUAGUAAUUUCCAGUAAUACACUGUCAUCAGUCCUGGACCUCCUGGUUAUCCUUUUUAUAUGCCUAUUUACUUGUUAUUGUCGGGAGAUUAAUGAGCGCACUGCAGACUCAUGUGUGAUGUAUCAUCAUAAACUGUAUAAAAUUUUACAAUGUCCAAUAGCGGGAUUAAAAUGUAUCUCUGUAGACAGAAUGGAUGUUUCGCAGCAAUUUGUAAUUUCGUACUGUGGAUACUUUGUUCGUAACAUUAAUUGCCUCUUUUUAUGAGUGC